CAAUGACUCGGAUGAUCGUUAUGUAUAUUUAUUUCAGUAAGGACGCCCCUGAUCGUCCCUGGCGCCGAGCCAAUGACUAGGAUGAUCGUUAUAUGUAUAUUUAUUUCAGUGAUAACACCCUUGAUCGUCCCUAGCACUGAGACAAUGACUAGGAUGAUCGUUAUGCAUAUUUAUUUCAGUACGAACGCCCUUGAUCGUCCCUGGCACCGAGCCAAUGACACGGAUGCUCGUAACGAGAAGGCGAGAAAGGCUUAUGAAGCCUUGAUGACCAUCACUAUCCGGAAACCCACGAGUCCCGAGUUCACACAGUUCUCGGAGGAGGUGAAACGAACAGCCAGUGAAUUAUACCCGAACGUUUCCUACGGCGAUGGACAGGUAAACAGUUUCGUGGGAGCGUUUUAUGACGCUGUUAUUCUGUACGGCCUAGCUCUGAACGAAACUUUGGCGGCUAACGGGAAUGUGUCUGAUGGUUCAGCUAUUACACAGCGGAUGUGGAACAGGACAUUUGAAGGAAUCACCGGGAUGGUCUAUAUCGAUGAAAAUGGAGACAGAGAUUCUGAUUUUUCUCUCCUUGAUAUGGAUCCACAAACAGGUAAAUUUGAGGUUGUUGCCAAUUACUAUGGCGUACAACAAUACUACGAGCCUGUGCCGGGCAAGUCUAUUCAUUGGGCGGGAGGCAGGGUGAACCCUCCUCCAGACACUCCAGAAUGUGGCUUUGACGGAUCUAGGUGUCGAGAUAAAGAGUAUUUUCCUACUUAUGCCAUUGUCCUUCUAGUGCUAGGAUCCGCCAUGUUGGUUGUUCUAGUAACGUUGUUGUCUGUAUACAGAGCGAGAUUUCGAGAUGUUCUACAGAGAUGGUGCACAGGACGUAGUCGGGAUCAUAUGACCUUCCGGCUGCGGUAGGUCCCACACAUCUGGGGUUACGGUUGUGCUAGACUCAAACUUCUGGGGUUACGGUUUUGCUAGUCCUAUACAUCUGGGGUUACGGUUGUGCUGAACGUCCUCACCUGGUGUGUACACGAAGGUAUAGGACAUAAUUACCGAGAAUUGGUCGACGUCGCCAUUUCAUGUUACACCAGUCAGACAAAAAGAAACGUCGCCCUUACCAGUGUGAAUUAUUAUCUUUAAAACACCCAAAUAAAAUUUAAUGCGCUAC